CAACCCACUAAUGAAAUUAGAAAGUUUAUUUACAUUCUAACUUUCAACAUGCUUACUGACUUUUUGCAAGGAGGUGGGGAAGGGUGUAAUUGUUAAUUUUUUUAGUUUUUAACUGUUAAAAAAAGUCUAAUAUAAACCUUUAAUAAAAUCCUCAACAAUUUUUAAUAAUCUUUUACUAAUGUUAAUAUUUUCACUUUAAAUAUGGUUUUUUCUAGGUUCUACAAAUUACAGCUAGGAAACACGGAGGAAAAUUUAUGUUGUUAAAAAAGUCUUUUAAAUUUUUAGGGUCAUUAAUGCAACUGCAAUUAUACAUUCAAUUUUUUUAUUAGUUAUACAUAUUAUAGUCUGGAAUGGAUACUCAAAUUAAACUCGUACUUUUAUCACUUCUUAUUGGGCAAUUGGUUGCUCCACCACCAGUUGAAAGAAACCAAGCAGAAAUGACCGAUAAUUGGAAAUAUAAUACCGAAGGACUUACAAAGGAACAAGCACAAGAUCAAGAAUAUUUUCGGUAUUUGACACAAGUUGUUGGGGAAUUAGAAAAGGAUGCAGAAUUUAAAUCUGUUUUAAAUAAUGCGACUGAAGAUGAUAUAAGGUCUGGAAAAAUAGCAGAACAUUUCGACUUAGUUGGUCAUCAUAUUAGGCAAAAGUUAGACGAAGUUAAAAGGUUGGAAGUAGAAUAUCAACGAGACCUCUUGCGGCAAAAGAAAGAACACAUGUUGGGGAUUGACAGAAAUUAUUGGAAUCCUAUUCACCAUGAAGAUCAGAAAACGUUUAGCAAAGAAGAUUUAAAAAAACUGCUGUCAAAGCAUAAUGACAUGAUGAUAGAUCAAGAUAAAAAGCGUAAAGACGAAUUCAAAAGUUAUGAAAUGCAAAAAGAGCAUGAACUUCGGGAAAAGAGAAAGAAUAUGACUGAAGAGGAAAGAAAGAAAGAUGAGGAAGAAUAUAAAAAACAUCAUAACAAAAAACAUGAAACUAUGCAUGAACCGGGACAUAAAGCUCAGCUUGAAGAAGUUUGGGAAAAAGAGGAUGGUCUUGACCCAGAUAGUUUUGAUCCAAAGACAUUUUUCAAUCUACAUGAUAAAAAUGCAGAUGGUUACUUGGACUUGUAUGAACUAGAAACUGUUUUUCUUGCUGAUUUGGACAAGAAUUACAAUGAAAGUGAUCCUGAUGUUGAUUUGAAAGAACGUGAUGAAGAAUUAGCUCGCAUGAGAGAACACGUCAUGAAAUCUAUGGAUCGAGAUAACGACGGUUUAAUCUCUAAAGAAGAAUUUAUGAUGGAAACGAAAAAAGACGACUUUGAGAAAGACGAUGAAUGGAAACCACUGACUGAAGAAGACCAGUAUACAGACGAAGAGUUUGAUGAAUACGAAAAAAUGUUACAACAGGACGGUGAACGCCAUGGGGAUGAACACCAUGAAGACGAUAAGGAAAAAGAACAUCCUUCAAAUAAUAACAGCGAGGGACAUUAGACAUAGGUGAAGAACUCAAGGCUUGCGUCGAUAGAUUGGGUUUUGAUAUUAGCUAGCUUCUUAUUUACGGCGUCACAAUUUGUACUUUCAGAAUUUCAUUUUUUUAUUUGAUCUGCAGGGUUUUUUUUUAUAAGCAUAGCGUUUUAUUCAGGCUCACAUAGACGUGUGUUUUUAUUGUGCUGUGGGUAUUUGUUUUUACUUAUAUACAAUAAUACUUGAUAACCAAUAUACUGUCUGGACUGAACCUUCUGUCGCGACAUGUCUUUAUAAAGUUUAAUUUUUUAAUUUAUUCUGGCUAUAAGCAAAACGUAUGCUUACUCUAAAGUCCCAGCCUGAUUUUUAGUUUUUACUUGCUUUUAAAAAUAACUUGUGCAAUGAAUUUUACAUUCUUUGAAACCCGUACCUGGAAUUGUUUAGUUUUCUUAUAAACACGACUAACUCGGUGUUUUAAAAAUAUUGGAAGUUAGGCAAGUUUUCUGUUUUUUAAAAAGUUAUUUUAAAAAGCAUUUUUUUAAGUUUUAUAAACGUGAUAAAGGAUGCUUAGUUUGUACACACCCUUUUUGGGAGUUGAAAUUUCGAGAUCUUUUCCAACAAUAUUUUGAACAGAAAUUGAAAGGUAUAAACAACUUUCUGGCGUCGUCGUGAGGGAAGGCUUUUUUGUGUUGGUGAGAAAUUUAUUCAAAAUAUUACCAAAAAAAAUGUAAAUUAUUGACAAAUAUAAUACAUUAUUUCUUUCGUA